UCGAGCGUCGCAGAAGCCUUUUCAGCGCUCAUUUCUCAAUCGUCCAUCGCCCGGACAAGCUCCACACCACAUCUGACAUGCUUCACAUCCAGACUGUCGCGCCGCGCUACUCGGCCUCGAACAAGUCCCAGACCAACCACUACCUCGACCUCGCCGACCAAAGCAUCUUUGACAUCCUUGCCAAAGACGACGGCUCCGACAAGACCACCACCUGGACCCACGUCAAGGUCACCGACGGCGUCUCUGUCGACCGCGGUGUCAACGCCCACUCGCCCUGGAACGCCAUCAAGGCCACGACCACGGUCCACUGCAGCGCCAACGACCUCGCCGAGGACCUCGGGAAUGUCAUCCGCUGA